AUGUCUUCAAACGACGGAAGAACCUCAACGCGUUUAGGAUUCGGCAAAACAUUCAAUCUUGACAGUUUAGGUCACGAUGUACGUCGUAACCUAGUCAAGGUUGACCCUCGCUUGCCCGAAGAUCUCAAGAAUGUGGCUUUAUUGCUCAAGGAAGAAAGAAACAUUCUUUCCAGCUUACAGAACAUUGCGCAAGAGAGGAAACAAGGCACAAACCUACUCAAAGAUAUUCGCGAAGCUGAGCAACGCCUUCUUCCCGCAAAGGAGAGACGGCGCAAAAUUAAUGAAGAAAUGUCAAAAACUAUCAAAACACAUCCAAGAUCGCCACGUAUUCGAGAAUUAGAAGCCGAAUUGGAGCAAGUGAAUCGUGAAAACGCACCCACGGAAACGGAUGUUGGCAAUCUUGUAAGACGCAAGCUGAAGGAAGCAUAUACUCUGCUGCUUGAUGCAACAUUUGAAACUUCCGAGCGUUUGGCUAUAAUUGCUGGUUUUGGUGGUUAUAUCAUUGGUCAACUUGAUGCUAACCCUGUUCCCGCUGGUUCAGCAAGACCAAAGUAUACUGGCGAUAAAGUUACUUCACAAAUAGUUAAAGACUGUCAAAUCCAGCUACAUAAUUGGCAGCCACCUAGCACCGAUAUUGGACCCCUUUUGCCAACGUUGACGAAUACGGCACCGACACUAUUAGCCGCUCAAAAAGAGGAAUAUGAAGCGAAAUUGGCUCAAGUUAAUGCAGAAAUGACUUCUCUACGCGAAGCUCACGAGAAACAAAUCCUCGAACAAACGGCCAAGUAUGAUGAACUCGCACAAUCAACUUCUGCAAAGAUUGACGAACUUACACGAACGACUUCUGCAAGAAUUGAAGAACUUACAUCAGAGCUUGAAAAUCAAAAACAGGGAUAUAAAGCUCAAUUGGAUGACAUGGCCAACGCAUUGAGUUCGCAAAGAGAAGCAUAUGAAAAGCAGGUUGGCGAUUUGACCAGCAAGUUAAGCGAACAGCAGAAAAAGAGCGAGCAAGACUUGGUGGAAAUCCGGGGUGUCGUGGCGACUGAAAAACAAAAGAAUGAAGUACAGCUACGUGAAUACCAGACAUUGUUGGCACAAAAGCACGAGUAUGAGGUACAAUUACGAGAGCGAGACAACUCCAUUAACAAGCUUCAGAACGACAUGAACGUUGUUGCAACAGAAAAGGGCAAACUGUCUCAACUUGUUAAAGAUCUAGAAGAGACAUUGAAAUCAAAAUCAUCAACGCUAAGUCAAAAAGAAGAGAAGAUUAACAAACUGGAAGACGACAUUACCGGUAUCAAGUCACAGCUUGCUGGAUUGAAGAUCGCCUCACCCGCUCCCGCACCUGCAAGUCCAGCGUCAGGGGCAUCUACUUCGACAGUGCAGGGAGCAGCGCCUGCACGCUCUGCCACUGCUGCAUCCGUAACUAGUUCCGUAUCUUCUCCACCAGUCUCCGAGUCUUCGACUAAUUCUGCAGCUUUGCCUCCCCCACUUUCACCGGCAAAUCCACACCUUCCUCCUCCGGGUGGACCUUUCCAACAAAACAUGUAUGACCCGCAGGGACAACCAUUUUACAAUCAGCAAGGUUUCCAACCCCAACAACCAUUUUAUCAACCGCAAGGAUAUUACGGUCAACCUGGUCAACCCGGUCAACCCGGUCAUCCUCAAUAUGCUUUUCAGGGACAGCCUGGCUUCAACCAAGGUCAUCCUCCGCCCCCGCCAUCACCGCAGCAGCAGCAACAGCAGCAACAUCCACCAUCAUUUGUGGGUGGUUUCUAUCUUGGACCUCCUGAUGAUGCUCCUCCCGCGUAUGAACCUCCCGCAGACGGUGUUAUACCUGGAGGAGACGAGAAAAAGAAAUAA